AUGGUGUGCUCUUUCACCUCGUUUGGUUCAACUUUUCUUUCGAAGUGUUUUGGUGUGAGUUUUUCUUGCAUCCGUCAAAUUGGAAAGUACACUAAAUUUGUUUAUCCAUGGAUGAAUCGUCGAAAACCGUAUUGGGUUGAUCAGAAGGCCGAUCCUCGCUUGGAUGAAGACCUGUCUAUUACUAAUGCCAAGUUCAUUGCUGCUGAACGGCAGGAAGCCCUUUCAGAUAAGAUCUCUCCUAUAAACUUUACAACCGAAGCUUAUCGACCAUGGCUUCCAAUGCAGACACAGCGAUGUGGCUUGAUUGGAAUAAAGAUAGGCAUAUAUCCUAUGUGGACUAAGGCCGGGAAAAAAGUCGACUGUACAAUUGUGCAGGCACGUUUACGUGUAAUAUAUCAUAUCCCCGAUAACCAUGCACUCCGAUACGUUCCGCCCGACGAUCUUGAUCGUUACCUCAGUCUUAAGGAUCCUCGUGGAUAUUGGCUCACAAACAGACAUGUUCCGUCGUGGGUUAAUCAGAAGCGCUGGGGACUGCAGAUUGUCGGUGCAAUGUCUGCCGAUCCAAUCGAAUUCACGCCUGAAUGGUGCGGCCUCUUCACAUCCGCCGGCGUCGCUCCCAAGCGCAAAAUCACGCGUUUCCUCGUCAGCCCUGAUGCCGCCCUAGAACCAGGAACUCCGAUCACAAUAAACCACUUCCGAGUUGGUGAUUACAUCGACGUCACAGCCAGAACUAUCAACCGAGGCUUCCAGGGCGUCAUCGAGCGCUGGGGCAUGAGCGGUGGGCCGGCGGCGCACGGCAGCACCAAGUUCCAUCGCAGACUCGGCAGUCUCGCCGGUGGCGGGAGAAAGGUGGUUCGGGGCAAGCGAAUGGCCGGCGUGAUGGGCAAUCGCUAUCGCUCCUUGCGUGGACUUCAGAUUCUUCGAAUAAACCCACGAUUGAACCUGAUCUACCUCUCCGGUCCGACGCCCGGACCGGUGCACUCCUUCUGCCUGCUCCACGACUCCUGGCUGAUUAACCGGGUGCACGAGCGCAACGAGAACCCCCCACCCAAUCCGACGUGGUUCCCUGACGACGUGAGUGCUGCCGACGACAACGCAGACCCCGCCGACGCCACCGACAUCUUUGAUGAGUUCGCGGACGACAUCUAUCAUGAGUCGAUUCAUCGCUCUGACGAGGCGAGUAUAACGUUCUUAGAGGAGAAGUAG